AUGGAUCUCUAUGAUGAGCUGAAAACCAGUUCCCUAACGUUUUCAGAACUGUUUGGUUCAUUAUUAGAAGCGGCCAGGAAAUCCAGUGUCAGUGUAGUCGACUUCCUAACGUUGAAUGCAUCGGAAUUGGCACUACUUAUACCACGAUCUAUCAAUGAAAUAGCUUGUUUCCAAGACGCAUUACGAAAGAAACUUCAGAACCAAGUAUUUGAAGUGCAUCCGAUUGUCGAAGUAUCCCAAGUGAUUCCGCCGUCCGUUUUCACAACUGGCGUUGAUGUUAUGGAUGAGAUGCUUGGUGGUGGUAUUAAAACGCAUGAGAUUACCGAGAUAUUUGGAAAAAGCUCGACGGGCAAAUCUCAAUUGUUGAUGCAAUUGUCAUUGAGUGUUCAAUGCCCCGUGUCAGAAGGUGGUCUUGACGGGAAAUGUGUUUUCAUUACUACAGAAGGAGAUUUGCCUACUAAGAGAAUCGAUGAAAUGAUUAAGCAGAAAUAUGCGGAAAAGGGGGCCCAUGUAUCCCAGAACAACAUCUUUACAGUGGCGUGUCAUGACCUUUCCAAUCAAGAACAUAUUCUUACUGUUCAAUUGCCGAUCUUGCUCGAAAGAGACAGAACUAUUAAACUUGUCGUGAUAGAUUCGAUAUCUCACCAUGUAAGAGCCGAAUUGGAGAGCAAGACUUUUAAAGAUUCACAGGGAAACAGAUCCUAUGUCGACAAAACGGCUCAAAAUUUGCUUCAAUUGGCUACAAGUCAUGGAAUUGCAGUGGUAGUCGCAAAUCAAGUAGCAGAUAAAUUGGCAUUAGAUAAAACUGUGCUACAAAGCGGUGUUAAACAGUCUAUCAUGGAUUAUGAUCAUCAAAUCGGCUGGAUCGUUGGUUGGAAGGAUUCCAGUAUUUUCUACAGGCAUAGGUUGGCAGGUUUGGAAGUUAAAGGUAGCAAUACGGGUCACCCUACAACCGAAAGUAUACUUUCUGAUGAUGAAGAUUACAAUUUUGUUGCCAGACGCAUAAUGAGUUCCCAACUAGAAAAUCGUCCCAGAGAUCAUGCUAUGGAUCCUGGCAAGGAUGAACUUAGAACUCAAAGCCUUGAUGGCGGUUGCACCAGACAAUUCGGUACCCUGAAGACUGGGAAAAAACGAAAACUGGAUACUCAAGUGCCAAAUUUAGGUCUUACCUGGGCCAAUCAUGUAUCGACCAGAAUCUUAUUAACCAAGACUUACAAACCAUCUGCAUUAUUGCGUAAAGGUGAAUUGGACCUUAACAAACUCACAGAUAGUGAUUCCUUUUGGCAAGCGCGGAGAACUAUGAAACUGGUAUUCGCUCCUGCGAGCAAACAAACGCAGUUGGAAUUCUACAUCUGCGAUAAAGGCAUUGAACCAGUCCAAGACCACAUCGAUUAA